GAAAAUUAAACCGUAUAAAAGUCAGGAUAUUAGAAAACAACUUCAAGUCGAAUUACAAUGCUUGCCUUCCUUCGCAACCUCAUCCUUCUCAUCGGACUCAUUGCCAUCGUGACCGCUCAAGUCGGGGUUCAAACUGGACUUGGAGUUGGACCAGCUGGAGCAGGAGCUAAUGUAAACGGGGGAGCUGGUCAAGGAGUCAACGGAAACGUGGGACUCGGAGUCAACCCAGGAGGAGCCACCGGAGGACUUCUGGGAUAAUUAAAUAAUUGAAAAUUCAUGUAACGUGUAAAUUGAUAAGCAACACACAUAUAAUGAAUAUAUUAUUAAAC